AUGUCCAAUAAUCAAAAGAAAGAAAGUUAUGUUAUCUGCAAAUGUCCAGACUGUACAAAGUUGGAUAGCUGUGAAAAGAAACAGAAAAGACAAAAUGCACAACGAUACUAUGAGAAACAUAUAGUGCCUGUUGCCAAAGACGAUGCAAUGGAUGUUCCUGAAGAACAUUUUGACAACAUGGAAGUAGAUAGUAUUGACAGUGACAAUGACAAUGAUUAUGAUUACAAGAACGAAGGCAAAGGCAAAUAUGAAGACGAAAAUGAAGAACAAAACAUUGAAUUUGAUCAAGAAGAAGAGUCCAUCUUUACUGCCGAAGAUACAAUUACCGGAGCAUUUGUGGUUGAUGGCGAUGAAAUUGAAGAAGGCGAUACUGGUUUUGAUUUUGAACAAGAAGAAAACUUUGAUGAGACCAGUGGGACCUCAAUAGUAGAAUCAGCUCGUCCUUCGUCUUUUGAUAACAUGCCCUUGUAUAUUUGCUUUGUUGCAGUAUUCAUUGUCAUAUUUCACUCGAUCUUUUUGGUGGAAAGUGGUAGAUUGAUUCUCGUUGAAUUUUGUAAUACUCUACUGUCUCUCUGUGAUAUGUCUGGCGCCCUUCCACUGACGAUCAAUAGCUUGAAGCAUAAAACAGGAUUUAACAUGGCAAAAGACAGAAUGACAGUAUACAUUGCAUGCUCACAAUGGCAUUCAAUUUAUCCUCCAGAAACAAGUCAAAGAGUCUGUACAUUUAAGAAAUUCUCUCAAUCCACCAUUUGCAACAACAAUCUCUUUAAAGUGUCAACCAGAAAUUGUUCUCUUCCAGCAAUGAUAUAUCCAUUCAACUCUCUGAAGUACGCCUUGCAACAAAAAUUCUCCAAGCCAGAUUUUGUGUGCAAGAUCAAUUUGUGGAGAAAUCGCCAAAAAAUUGAAAAUACCAAACUUGACAUUUUCGAUGGUGCAGUUUGGAGUGAUAUUAAAGACAUCAAUGGCAGACGACGAACACAUUCCAGUGAUGCAAUAUAUCUCUCUAUCAAUAAUCUCCCACGGAGUGAACGCCUUAAGUCUGAAAAUGACAUUCUUGUUGAUAUGAUGCCUGGGCCAAAGGAAGCAAGCACUGACAGCAUGAAUCAUUACUUGAAGCCGCUCAUUGACAAAUUGUUGGAGAUGUACAUUGGUUUAGAAAUGACAGACUUACAGAAUAGAAAGAUUGUUGUUUGUGCUGAAUUGAUGUGUAUUGUCUGUGAUAUCCCUGCCACUUGCAAAGCCUCUGGAUUUACUGGCCACAUGAGCACAUGCGCCUGUCACAAAUCAAAUGCAUUGAACAAUACUGAGCAAACACAUCUGAAAAAAGAAAAUGGCACUUGGUGGUCAGAGAUUCAUUUGUUAUCUUACUUUGACCCAGUCUGCGUUACAGUUAUAAACCUGAUGCAUAACCUCUAUCUUGGAACUGCAAAGCAAAUGAUUCAGAUAUGGCACAAGUGUAACUACAUCAAUGAAAAGAGUCAGUUAACUAUGCAAGAGCUUGCCAAUGGUAUUGUUGUAUCUUGUGGAUAUGUGCGUAUAACAAAGAAGAUUGCUGAUGGUUUUUCAUUAAUGAAAGCUGACAAGUGGAAGUCGUGGUGCGUCAUAUACUCUCCAUUUAUUUUGAAGCAUGUAUUCCCUGCCAAGAAUCUCUAA